CGUGGCACCGUGCAACAGCUUAUAAAGUCAACGGGUCCCGGUGAAGCUCACCUGCACGACCUCCCUCCGCCGCACUUCUUCCUCUUCCUCCUCUUCCACAGACGGUUUGUAUUAUUAUUAUUUUGGACUGAUUGAAUCUUCACCUGCGGCAGAAGAAGGAGAACCGGAGUCCACCCGACCGGUCCAUCAGAGAGAGGAGAGGAGCUGCAGGUCGGAGUGAUGACGCGUCGCCCGCUGCUGAUGACGCUGCUGCUCGGCGUCGUGCUCGUGCUGUCGGCGUGUGCCCGCGGCGGGGAGGCGCGCGUCCGCCUCAACUCCAUCCGGACGGUGGUCCUGAGGGAGGGGCACGCGCUGCCGGUCAACCGGAGCCUAUGGGAGCCGAGUGUGGACCUGACGCUCUACCAGUGCAUGAGCGACCUGGAGUGCAGCGAGGGCAGCUAUUGCCACGCCACCUCCAAAGGCCCCACCCACUCCCGCUGCCAGACCUGUCGCCGGAGGAAGAGGCGUUGCCAUAGGGACAGCAUGUGUUGCCCGGGCAACCGCUGCAGCAACGAUAUCUGUGUUCCCGACGACGACAGCUUUGUGUCUCAGAGGAUCCCAGACGCAGACGGACAUUUGAAUCCGCUGCUGAAAAGGAAAGGAUGGAAGAAGCGAGAGAGGCUGGAAGUCAAAGGGACCAGUGGAAAAGGUCAGGUCGGGGAUCCUUGUCUGCGCUCGUCCGACUGCUCCGACAGUUUGUGCUGCGCCCGUCACUUCUGGACGCGCAUCUGCAAGCCGGUGUUGAGGGAGGGGCAGGUGUGCACACGCCACCGCCGGAAAGGGAACCACGGCCUGGAGCUGUUCCAGCGCUGCCCGUGUGCCGACGGGCUGAGCUGCCGGACGCUGCGGGAGCCCGGCGGCGCCAAGCCCUCGUCGCCGGCAUCGCUGUCUUCCUCGUCGUCGCUCCUCGCGGCGGCGGCCAAGUCCAAGUUCGCGCCGCCCUCUCCCUCGUCCCGCCACCUGUCCCCUCGCACGUCUUUUCUGUCCUCGACCUCGUCCUCCUCCUCGUCGCUGUCGCCGGUGGGAAAGACGAGACUUCACGUGUGUCACAAAAACUGAGGAGGGGACGGGACGGCGAGAGGACGGACGUAGAGACGGGACCAGAGGGAGCGAGAGGCAGACAGAAGAGGAAGAGGGUGAAUAACCAAAAACCUUUUCACACCUGUGGAAACUCCCCCGUGAGCAAAACUGUCCCACUAUCUCAAUGCUAAUUAACUUCCUGUCAGUCUGCAUUCACACACACACACACACACACACACACACACACUCACACACACACACACACACACACACACACACACACACACACACACUCACACACACACACACACACACACACACACA